UAUUUGUAAGAAAAAUGCCAGGAAUAACAAUAGGAGAUAAGGUGCCAAACCUUGAAGUGGAGACUACGAAGGGAAAAUUCAAGCUCCAUGAUUAUUUUGCUGAUACCUGGACCAUUCUCUUCUCUCAUCCAGGUGACUUUACACCAGUAUGUACAACAGAAUUAGGAAUGAUGGCUGCUUAUGCUGAUAAUUUCACACAAAAAGGGGCGAAGCUUUUGGGUCUAUCUUGUGACGAUAUUUCCUCUCACAACGAGUGGAUCAAGGACGUUGAAGCCUAUUCUGGAGGACACAAGGUGACGUACCCGAUAAUAGCAGAUCCAAAGAGGGAGAUAAUAAAGCAACUUAAUAUGGUGGACCCUGAUGAGAAAAGCUCCAACGGACAGCCACUUCCUUCUCGUGCUUUACAUAUUGUUGGUCCUGAUAAAAUGGUGAAGCUGAGUUUCCUAUAUCCAGCAACAACAGGGAGGAACAUGGACGAGGUGGUGAGGGUGUUGGAGUCCCUGCAGAAAGCAGCCAAACACAAGGUGGCCACCCCUGUUAAUUGGAAACCCGGUCAAAAAGUGGUGAUAUCUCCAAGUGUCAACAAUGAUCAAGCUAAGGAGAUGUUUCCUCAAGGCUAUGAGAUCGCUGAUCUACCUUCCAAAAAGGACUAUCUCCGCUUCACUAACGUCUAGCCGUAACAUCUAUCCUACCAUAUAUGAAAAUAUAGGUCUAUCAAUAAUGUGCUCAAAUUAAACUACUUCGUAGUUGUCAUCACGAGCAUGCACUGUACUAGUGUACUAUACUCCGAUCCUAUGUUGUUAAUUAUAUUUUGUGUUUUUAUACGGAGUAUAAGCUAAGGUAAGAAAUGUAUUUUGAUCUUAACACAAGGCCGGUUAGUGUCCUUACUUUUGUAAUUAAGGUAAACGUACUGUACUUAAGGUAAGGGAUACUGCGUUCGGAGUUCGCACGUA